GAUUAGUAAGGCCUGGCAGCAGCUGAAAGUUGGUCAAAGUUGAGCCUCUACCACCUGCGUCUUCGCGAGGUAGUCUGUUCGCCUUUUCGCACUGUAACGAAGCUGUAACCGCGCACUCAAACAGUUCGUCAGCAGCUCUAUGGUCAGCAAAAAAUACACCGAUAAAACUACGGUCAUCGCAUCUUGUCGGCUUUUGUGGCCGGUGGGACGCGUGAACAGAUAAAGCACCAUUGCGAAGGCAUCAAUGCCCAAUAUGGCUGCGCCCGCAUUGUAUACGUGCCAUUAUGCGCGCCUACAGUGACAUGUUCCAGCGCUGAUUUGAAACUGCUAACUGACCGAGACAUAAGACAAGCUCGGAUUUACCUUUGUUGACUUCCCUCUUGCGGGAACUCGUUUCGUCUUGCACCAAUGUGAUGUGCAUUUCGUGAGCGGACGUUUGGACGGUGCUACGCGCAACACGUGCGUGCCGUUCAUUCAUUCACUCUUAAGUUUUUCGUCGACUGCGUUACAAGUUGUCUAUAUUAUGUUUUGAAUGCUGGACUGGCACUUGGUUUGACACUACCAACGCAAUGCGCUUUUCCGUGUCUCACACUUGUAAAAGCAACAGCGGCCGCUGUGGCGAGAUUUGGGCUCUCCAAGGCGCUUCCGACGCUGAGCGCUUCUACACACCGAUGUGCCUGCUGUACACGCAAGCCGGUAGCGUUCCUCACUUGACGUACGACAUGCUCCACAAGAUCAAGGGCGUCGACCAUCACCCGGCGCUAUUCCCCUUGCCUCCCAUCGCCAACUUUUCAAACUCGGUUCAGGAGUUCGGCGCCGGAAUUUCCAAGUUCUCAGGCAUGCCAACGCAUCCAGCUUUCGUCAGGAUUCAGGAUCCCAUGAAGGCGACGCCGUCUGGGUUCAACGACAAGGCCGGCGUUUCCAUCUGGGAUCAGGGCGGUCGCAUUCACCUGAACGUCCCUAGUUUCAUGCGCAUCGUGGAAUCGUUCAAGCCGUGCUGCUACCAAGCCCUUUGCGACAGCGAUACGCCCAAGGAUGCCACGAGGAAAAGGCUUCAGCGCGCCGUCGAAAGAACAACCUCCCUGCUGGAUCAGUGCGUCGCUGCUAAAUCUGUGUCAAGCGCCCUCCGCGACAGUUGCAUUCUUGGAACAGUCGUUGGCGGCUACAGCAAAGAGCACCGCCAUACCUCCGCGAAGGAGAUUGCCAAGCGCGACGUCGACGGAUACGUCAUCGAAGGCUUUCACAUCGACGGACCGGCGUCGAAAAGCCUAAAGUUCGAAGAGGUGAAUGACCUCUUGGAGGAGGUCAUUUCGUUUUUGCCCGAAGACAAACCGCGGUUCAUGCACGGCAUACUGCGGCCAGAAUUCAUACUGAAGGCCGCUAUGAGCGGCAUAGACGUCUUCGACACGUCGUUCGCGAACGCCGUUACCGAUGAUGGAAUGGCUAUGUCAUUCUGCUGCAGCUGUGACAAUGACAAGGGCCUCUCGUUGAUGCUCGAGAGGGACCUGUUGGAUCACGAACUUGUGCUGGACAUGAAAGAUUGCAAGUACAGGGACCAGUUUGUUCCGCUCUUGGAGGGAUGUGCAUGUUACGCAUGCAGACAUUUUACACGGGCCUACGUCAACCAUUUGCUAAACGCGGGGGAAAUGCUGGCGCUCGUGUUGCUAAACUUGCACAACAUCCAUCAUUUCCUGAACUUUUUCGAGGCUAUCAGGAAGUUUCUAAAGGAGCAGUACUGAUAAUUAAAUCGCUGGUGCUCGCGAUCAAACCACAUCUCUGGAAACUCCUAGUAGACGGAGCCAUUGACGAAUAAUAAAAUGCACCAUUCAGAUGAGAACUAAUGGGCAUUUGUGUCAGCCCCAAAUAAAAUUGGACAGCUCAUAACUGCAACAUUCUUGAUGAACAGUGUCACAUGGAUACGAUGCUAACAGGAAGAAAGGCGCUUUCUGCAGUUGUAGCAGAAAUGUAGCUGGUGCUGUGAUAUCGUCAUAAAAUUACAAUUUUGGUACGCUGUGUGUAUAAUUUUGCAUGGCUGCGUUUUAGCUUUUCUCAUUUUGCACAGCAUCAACUUGGAUGGUGCAGACGAUGCACUCUCUUGAGUUGCAUUUAGGUGCUGCAUCCUCAAAGUGAUAGUCAUAAUAUAGAUCAAGGCCUGACAUGAGCCGCUACGUUGUCCCCUUCAGUCGUGAAUUGUGAUGUACUGCAACUCAAGAUGGUAGGACAAUCAUUUGUGCAUAUCCUAGUGAGUUUGUUGUAAUUAUAUUAAUUAAGUUUUGAUUUAGUGUACCGUAGUAGACACAUUUUUUUUUUUAUCAUAAAAAGAAAUGUUUGAAUCAAUAGUUCAAACCACAUGCACAAGUUGGGUAUUGGCUGCAGAAAUUACGAUGAAUGAAAAACUGUAUUUUCACUACUGCUGACAGGACAUGAUGCAUUCAACAUUCAAACAUGGCAGUGCCUUAGUAAAGUGGUCAUGCGCAGCAGUACUCUGCAGUUUGAAGUGAACUGGAGUUAUAGUUAGUAAGCAGAGGGUUCAUUUGACCAACAGCUUAACGUUUACAUUAUUUUUUUUCCCUCUGUUGGAUAUAGAAUAGAAGUUUAUUUACCACAUAAGUACACUGAUGUACAUAAGCGAUGGGGAUGGCAGGUUAAAAGCUGCAUAACGGCAGCUAGACUGGUCCCACCUCCCCAUGAACAACAAGCAGUAACAUGGCAACAUAUUCAUUAUACAUACUUGUAGCAAAAAAAAAAAAAGAACAUCGUACAGCAAGAGCAGAAAUAUCAACUUUGAAACAGUAAAGAAAUACUUUUCAAGUGACACACAAGAAAGUUAAUAUUCACAAAUGUAUUCGCAGUAAUGUGUUUUUAGAUACUUGACAUAUGUUUUCAUCACUUCGUUUAUAUUUGUUAAGUGUCGAGGGAAGACAGUAGGAAAGUGUUUGAAGGCCGUAAUUAGUGCAUGGGCACGCACCUGCCCAGUGUUCAGCGUAUCGAUAUAGGCGAAAAGCUGGCUUUUAUUGCAGGUUUGCAAUGUUUCUGAUAUGAGUAGUACCCUUACUCAUCUCACAUUUAAGGAAUGCAUAAGUUUAUAUUCAUAAAGAUGCUUUACUCGUAAAGUUUUAAACUUGAGGAAUACAUUACGUGUAUGUGAUGUGUAUGUGAGCGCCCGUCCAUGUCUCUUCUUGUGUCGUCUGUUUGGCGCUUUAGUACCUCAGUAACAUGCACCAGCUAGCCCAACAAAAAGUUCUGCUGGAAUAUCAGUAGUGUUAUCUGGCAUCUGCACAAUAUAUCUAAAGCUUUACUAAGUUUAUUUUGUAGGUAAUCUGUGUGGUGGUCCCAUAGCAUCAGUUUAUGAAAGAUAACACCGAAUGUUUUAGCUAUAGCAGAAAGUUCUGUUUUCGUGUCGUUGAGUGUGAAGCACUCGCAAGGUGAAGACUUCGCUCUAAAGAGGACCGCCUUUGUUUUGGAGCAAUUUAACUGAAGAGAGUUCUUUACCGAACAGUUACAUAUUUUCGUUAGUAUGCCAAAUUUAUGAGUUCAUCAUCAUUAGUUCCUCAAAAGAAUCGCUUGGUAUCAUCUGCGUAAGUAAUAUAGUUAGUUGAAUCAUCAAUAUUCACAGUGUCAUCUAUAUAAAUGAUAAAUGGAAGUAGCCCCAAUGUGCUACCUUGAGGCACAUCCUGCUUAAGUUUAAGCGAAGAUAAUUUCCUAUUUAAUGAUACCCACUCUUUCUGUUGGUUAUGUAACUUUUAAUUAAGUCUAAAACAAUUCCACAUGUACCAUAACAACUAAAUGUUUGUAAUAGUGUUCCGUGGUUAAUUCUGUCGAAAGCUUUUGAGAAAUUUAGGAAUAGUCCCAGUGUUAGUUUCCUUACCUCUAUGUUUUUCAGAAUUAGUUCUUUUUGUUUAAGAGGAGCAGUUUCAGUCGAGCAGCCUGACCUGAUCCCAUAUUGAAAUGGUGUUAAGACAGAAUGCUUGUUAAAGAAGUCAUUCUAAGGCAAAAACAAAUCAUAUACGCAAAUGUGUACCAUUGCACAACUUAGAAUACAAACAAGCAACUGAUCAUAACAUCCUGUUAUGGCGCAAGUUGUAAGUUCGACAUGCAAUCUAGCUGGUCUCUAAACAUAGAUUAGUAAGUGUGCGUCUUGGAUUGUGAAUUAAGCCACUGUUACAAAUGCAGGGGAAGCUGCAAACAUAGUGACACAUGGGAGCAGUUUCAUAAUUUAUUGCACUUGAAUUUGUGGUGAUAGUACACCAUGACUAAAAGGGUUAUCUUGUCACAUGGCAGUUAACCGACAAGACUAUCUUGUCAUGUGACCAUUAACCAAAUGGAUUAUUUUGUCAUGUAACAGUUAACCAAAGGAUCUAUCAUCAUGGGACAACCCAAAGGUUGACCCUGUCAUGUUGCAGUUAACCGACGGCAGUGUUCUGUAGGCGUACAGGGAGGGUGCAGCAUGUUUGCAAGGAAGGACAACACAUUAAGCAGACCGUUCGAGUUGUCAAAUGGCUGGGGUGCCUAAAGUUUUUAUUGCUUAGCAGAAGUACAUUGCAUUAGCAUUGGGACAAGCAUUUAUGCGAUUGCGUUGUGUAAAUUUGUGGCAAAGGUGAAAGACCCAUCACAGCUCAUAAUGUAGCUCUAAGUAGUGAAAUUGUGUGAAUGGAGAACAACAGCCAAAA